AUGGCGCCAGGGUCCCUGAGCCCAGUGUAUCUCCCAGACUUGGGAAAAUGUCUCGCUGGCGAGCUUCUGCUCCCUUCUUGGGACGAUUUGUUGGAGGCCUUGCUAUCCCACCACGAGACCAGGUCGGGUCUCGCAGUUGAGAUACUUUCAGGCGAUCGUCCGAAGAAGGUCUUGUCUCAACUAUUUCCCACAUUUCCCCCGCCAUCGCCUUCUUCGAAAACCACAUUUGAUUCAGUAACCUCCGCGAUCACCGCUUCCUCAAGUCCGCUCUACAGCAUCGACGACCUCAAGACGGAUGCUUUGUGGCUGAGCAAGCAAGUCAACUUGGAUGAACUAGAGUCUUUGCGGUUGACCGUGCUGGAAUGGCAAUACCGACCAGAAUCAAGAUUGAAACAGGGCUAUUCGGAGGCCGAACUCGCCAGCCUCCGUGAGGCCUUAGGCUCAGACUAUGUUCACAAAACGUUUCGGGGCGAUCAGGGCUCUGCCGCAAGAGACGACAAGGGCUUCGAGCAACAGGCUUCCCGUCAGGCCAGGCUGCUGUGUCGGUACAUGCGGGAACAAGCCGUCGCACUGCAGACCAGAAGAUCUCUACUGGAUGCGAGUCUACUUCCGGAGACCAAGAUUGUUCCCCUAUGCAAGAUGCAGGAUUUGGCUGCUGGCAUUCCCCAAAAUACAGACUCUUCUUUGGCCGAUGACAUUGACGCUGGGACCAGAGAGAUCCAACAACGACUGCAGAGGUUACAGAACCCCCAGCAGUGGGACCUGGACGAGUCUCUAACAGUCGUGCUCAAAGACAUGUCCGAUACGACUAGCUUGGAAAGUAUCAUCACAAUCCUAGAGAUCAUCCUGCUCAGAGUUAGGAAUUCAAAGGCCACGCCGACCUCACAUACCCUCUUGCUGUGGUUGCAACUAAUGGUAUCAGUGGGGUUUUUCGCAUCGUUCACUUCCGAAAACCCUGCGCAAGUAGCUGUAAUCCAGCGGAUUCAGUCGGUAGGAUCUCUUGUUACACUCGCACUUUUCGACCUGGCCUCCUCCAUUGCAGUUUUGAACGAAACUGCGCUAUCCAAUCAAUCCAAGCGCCCAAGCCGAGAAGAGCAGUACUUUUUUGACGCCGAUGCUGUGCAUGAGAUUCAUCAGCUCCUUGUCUCUCAAGCCGAAGCCGGGAUUGUGCAAGUUGGUCCAGCCAUCCUGGCAUGGGCGAUUGUCAUUCACCAGAUCCGAUUGCUUGCCGUUGCUGUGCGAGAAGCGCGGGAUGGUCGGCCCCAGAAAUCCAUCGAGACGGUGGCGACCUUUGAUGCUGCCACCGGUCGACGAGGCUCCACAGGCAGCAUUGCUUCCAUCCAACAAAGCAUCUUUGAGGAACUCCUGGAGAAGGUCACUCCUGCUAACAGUAACGAUGAUGCUUCGAGCGUACUGCUCAGCUUGGCUAUUGAUCGAUGUCAAGUGUUCGACUAUAUUGGGUAUCUCAGCAUGUCACCUUCUGAUGCGUCCACUCUACUCUCUGCGUAUCAACUACAGACCUUGCAAGAGCUUGUCACUGUGUCCCACUCGUUUCUGGGUUACACGCCUGAUUUGGUGUCGGCGCAAUUGUCCUUGUUGGGGACCGAUCCUGAUGAUAACGACAAUGGCCGGCAACGACCAUACGACCCUGCGGUCGAAUUCGCAGACGAUGAAUCACUGCUACAGGGUUUCUACGAUGUUUCUGCAGCCCGUUUCCCUUAUGAGUGUCUGCCUUUUUUGCGCUUUUCCCGGGCCCUGGCGAAAACUCAGCUCUUCAAUGAUGAAGGAACGCAAUACGUCGAACAUCGUCUCAGAAAGCUCACCUCGUUUACGCAGGCUGCCAUCAAAGGGGUUGAAUAUCGGACGAUCCGCGAGGACGAGAUUGGCAACUUGGUCGCCUUAAAUAAGCCGGUCAAUACGCUUGACUUGACGCAGCAGAGGUUACUGACCUAUACGCAUCAAGGAUCCGAUUCGACAUCCAUCAUCCCAGCAGAUGCAGAAGGAGAACUCAUAUCGGAUCCCGACGCGACGCCUAAAGUGAUUCGCUGGCAAUAUGAGUAUUCAGGCUUAGCUUACUUGGGACAACUCUUGGAGUUACAGUACAUGGGUCUGUUACCGCCAGCCUUGUCACCAUUUGAGGAGCCUGCAGCCGUGGUGUCGGAGAUCAUUGGUCUGUUGACGGUUUUGUUGUCGACCGUCCUCAAAAGUGCCUCAGAUGGGCGGAGCCACAAACAAGUACGAGAUCAUUGCAACAGCAUUUUGGAUGAGGCUAGUAGACAUCUCAACCCGGAUGCUGACAUCGUCACGUACAUCUUUGAGAUUCUUGAGCAGGAACUACAGUCGUUCCGUCGUCGCUCCAUUUCCAGCUUCGACCUACGGAUUCUGCUUUCCUGCUUGGAUUUUGUCAUUGUUUUGACAGACAUCCGACCACACACCAUCUGGACAAGCCUCAACAACACAAGCCUCCUCGGCCGUCAAUCCUCGGUCACAGUUAUUCCUGGAAUUGUGACGGCCGUGGAGAUUCCAUCGCGCACUUUUGAUUUCUUGGAGAGAUGUGCUCGCUUGUACGGAGCCUUGGUGCGUCUCUGCCUUACGGAUCGCGAAGAAAGUUUGACGAUAAAUGCGUUACCUAAAUCCAGAAGACGAUCCGUGAUACCUCUGGGAUGGAAGAUCCAAGGUCCGAUCUUGUUGAGCACCACAGAAACCAUGUUCAAUGUCUUCCAGGAGAUAUCUGACUGGUCUUUUGAGUCACCAGCACAACAGCUGCGCAUCGGCAGCUUAAUUACCGAAACAUUCUGCGACAUCCUUCGUUUUGCCUUUGACAUCGGCAGUCCGUCGGAUUCUCCGUCAGGGCCAACCGCAGUCUUCACAGAGCCGGCACGAGUACUCAUUUCAUCGUUCCGAGCUACCGGCUCUGACCAUGUCCCCGUCGACCCCAUACUCCGUGCCUUCUUCGUUGCUGGUACAUCACCACAGUCUGCUCCUCUUCCUGCAGAAUAUUUCGAGCGUCAUCUCGACAAAUUGCUAGCGCUAGCCACACUGAUAACACGGUAUGGUGAAUUUCAGAGCCUGCCGCCUUCGUCCGCAGAAGUGCAUGUUUUCAACGCUGUGCCAGCAUUAGUCCGGCUCCUCCAUGUCCGGCCAAAGGUCAGAGUCCACUGCUUGAGGUUGAUUAGGACGAUCAUCUCGUAUGUUGGUCAACAUCAGCCGUCAUCUCUGCUUGGCCAUCUCGGGUCUGCCUCCUGUAUUGACUUUCUCCAUCUACUGAGACACAUUGAUCAAGCAUCACAGUCAAGCGAGGAGCGCGCCGAGCUCUGGAAGGUUUUGACCUCUCUGGUUUCAGGUUCUCAGCAAUGGCUGGCCAUGGUGAUCCUGACCGGCGCCGCUCCAGAUAGCUCCAGAAAAACAACCACAGAGCAAGCAGCAUCCAAGUCUUUGCGUGGGAAGAACUUCCUCCAGCUAGUGAUUGAUGAACUCAGCCACAUUGAAUCCCUCCCGCAGCAAGUGGCCGUAGCAAUGCUCAAGUUCCUCCUGGAGGCACAGCAGAACUGGCAUUGGGUGACGAGCAACAUCGAUUCUUCGCGCGACUUCUUCAGCAGGAUUGUCUCGUACACAACACAUGAGGACGGUGGCCGCAGUGAUGAAGUGGAACUCGCAUAUCACAAGUUGAUUGCAACACUGGUCACAGAUCUUUCCAACACCCAACUGCACCAUGCAAAGGCAUCAAGGAACCUCAACGCGAUCAAAACCUUCAUUCCUCUGAUCAAUUGGUUGACGUCGCACGGCGUGGAAGUCUCCAGCUAUAAUACAUCUCUUCAUGCCAAUUUGCGGAGGAAUUUUUCUGCCAAAUACAACGGCUUGUCAGUCGCGAACAUCAAACGGACAGGGUUUACCGAAACGCAAUAUGGCACGAACUUCUACUAUGACCUUAAUUUCGCCAACAAGCUCUUUGUCGAUGAUACAUAUUGGCAUGGAGGCGGCGGCAGAUCUAGUACUCAAUCAUUUUCAGCCGAGUUUCGACGAGCGAAUGCGAAUCUAUCUCUGGUGGAUUCGGAGUUGAAACUCUUGCUUAGCGUUGAACGUCUGUGCAUCGACCAUUGCAAGUUCUUCGUUCAAGAUCGCGAGAUCCAGAAGACAAUGGCUCACAUUGUAAGAAGUUGCCUGCAGGCCAACUGCCAGAUAUAUCCUGCGGAAACCAUCUUCGACACGCUUUUCCAGACACGCGCAGAUUUGGCGAUGGCGUUGCUCACCGAGCUCGUGGCAGUUGGUGCCAGAGGCUCGGACUUUGUUGGCUUGUUAGAUCCCGCAUGGGAUGCUGUCCGGUUCCGUAAUGGCUCCUACGAGAAAGCCAUCAGCAAUGAUGACCUCGCCUACUGGCGGUCGACGCUGUACAUCCUCUUGAUGGCCAUUUCAUUUCAUGUCAACAAGAAACGCCGGGCAACCAAUAUUCCCGGCACCAGCACCGCCGUCGUGACUCUAGACCCUUCCAACGCGACAUUCCUGGAAAUCAUGUCCCAAAUCGUUGCAGAGGGUUUCAAAUCAGCAGUAACAGCCCUCCAAGAUCAAAACGAAAGAAAAGUGAAGAAUAAUCUGGAGGAAGACUCCUCCCAUAUCGGAUUACGCGAUAUGUCUCUGCUAUUGACCCUCACACAAACCAUUCUGCGGUUGCCGACCAUCGCACAAUUUUCGGUGGAACUUUCAGAAAGAAUGUCUUCGGCUGGCAUCGCCUCUUCAUGCGUAUUGCUCUACAGCUGGUCUCACGUCCUUUCGCGGCCAGAGCCAGACAAUGAAGCGCGCUACGCGCUGUUCGCCGUCCAGAUGCUGGCGUCUUUGUCCUCUCUUCCACGCCUUGCAGAGGAUUUUGCCAUCGAAGGCGUGCUGGGCCGCAUCCUGACAUCGAAAACGACCGAGUCAUUGCAACGUGCCCCCGGUGGUGUCUCCCACGUCGACCCUAGACCCACGUGUGGGGUGCUCUACAAGAUCUGGGCUACGGGUUUCUUGCCGAUUUGCCUGAACCUUCUACACGCGGUUGGUGGUGCCAUUGCUUCAGAAAUUUCGUCCUUCUUGAACCAAUUCCCAAAUCAACUUGUGCGGGCAAGCACGAGUUUUAUGCACAGUCCCCAGGCCAGAGCGAACGGGACGGAUGUUCUUACACUCACAGUCGCCAGCGAGGCAGCCACUCUUGCGUUGCUUUCACGUAUCCUUGCAUCAUAUCGUGAGGCUGGAGCCUCGGCAGCCGUGGACCCACUCACGAUACUGCCAUUGAAUGGAUAUGACGAGCACCGAAAAGCCGUUGCCGAGGAUAUUCGAGAUAUACUAGCCUUGAAGCCGGACGCUCGGAAAGAUAUGACUAUUCCGACUGAUCCAAGGGAGCUCGCCUUGCAGAACUCUAAAGACGGUGACAAACUAGAUGGCAGGAUUGUGAAGGAAUUGAAAAUGGCGUUGUCUGCUCUGGGUCAGGAUGAUGAGAAGAAUGAGGAUGAAAAGUAA